AUGGUCCAGUUGAAGGUCAGGGCAGACAGUGUUGGUGUGGUGGAUGAACUGUUCAAGCUCCUUGUGGGAGAACAAGGCAUUGCUGAUGCAGUCAUCGAUGUAGCAGAGGAAAGGGUGGGGGAUGGUGCUCAUGUAAUUGUGAAAGAAGGAUUGUUCCACAUAUCCUAUGAAGAGGCAGACUUAGCUGGGAGCCAUGCGGGUUUUGAGGAAAUGGGGUCAUCCAAUACAAACCUUCCUCAUCAAUAUUCAUGUGAUGCACCUUUCCCAAAACCAUUCAGCAUCUGUGAAGCAGGCACUCGGAGUGCACAAUCACAUGUUUUGCCAUCUACCUCACUGAUAAAUUUGUGUCCUCAAUCAGAGGUCUGGACAAAGCUACCAGCCUCAGAUUUUCCCACCUCUGACCAUGAAGUCCUGUUUCAAACUUAUAAUAACAAUUUUUCAGUUACGUACAACCCAGAGGAAUUGAACAGAGGGUCACUGCCUCCGAAGGACCAUGAACUGAAGCUUGUAGAUAAACCUGGAGGAAGCAAUGAGGAGGUUGCUGCCUUCUGCAGCAUGUUAAAUGUGCUAAGAGCUAAAUACCUGAGUUCAGCGAUGCAGUCUGACUACGGUCUGAUCAGGAGUGUUGUCACAGUUCUUCCCGAUGAGCUUCUCUGGAUCUGGCAUAUUCCUGUAACGAUUGUGACUGACAUUUUUCCAGAACCAGUUCAAACAUCCGUACAUGCUGGCUACACUGUCAAGGAACUCAUUCAGACAAUCUUGAGUGAUACACGGCCAAGGGUCGAAGCCAGGAAUGAUUACGUUUUAAAGCUCUGUGGUUCUGAAGAGAUUUUGCAGAAGUAA